AUGCCGACUGCAGCACAGAUGGCCGCCUUCAUGAAUGAGCGGUAUCUGGCAAGUCUACAACAUAAGUAUCACCAACAUCCGCCUUCACCUACUCCCAAGACCGAUCCUCCUAGACAGCCUCAACGACAAGAAACAAUAGAGUUCCCCGUCUUCACUGACCCGACUGAUCUGGCUGCCAAGCUGUUCAAGGAUGACGGAUCCUUCAGAAGGCUUCAUAUGGGCUCUCGUCGUCGUGACAGUCGCUGCUCCCUACAUCGACUGCUAGGGAGGGCUUGCAAGG